AUGUUUGAAAUAGUUGUCUUGAUUAUUAUUGUGCUAAUUCUCUCUCUUGUUGCCUCUUAUCAUUAUUACAUGAAUAUUCGAUCUGAACAACCCUAUCUCAGGAAGGGUUCUGAAUCACUCGAAUCAAAACCAAUCAAGAUUAUUCUACAUGGACCUUGUGCCUCUGGAAAAUCAACUCAUUCAAAAGAACUGUCAACAGCAUUAAAUAUUCCAUUGAUUGAUGCAGAUUUACUUCGGUUUUAUCCUGCUCAUGAAUUUGAGUGGAAACUUAAAAGUGGCAAUGAGUAUAUUUCUGCCAUCGAGAAGGAAAUGAAGCAAUUUAAGGAUAAGGGUUGGGUUUUUGACGGCAGAGUUUUGAAAUUACCAUCCAUAAUUAAAGAAGCAAAUGUUUUAAUAAUCAUGGAUUAUGCACUCAUUGUCACUUUUUGGAGAUUGUUUGUGAGGUGUGUCAGUAGAUGGAUUUACAAUACCAAAUGUUGUAAUGGAAAUGUUGAGAAAUGGUCUAAUCAUUUGGGAAAGGACUCUCUGUUUUUGUAUGAAUUUAACAGUAUGUUAGAUGCCAAGAAACGUGACUUGGGAAUGAAGAAACAUUUCGAGGAUAAUCCCCAUCUUCAUGUUUUCAAAGUACUGUCUCCAAGAGACUUGAAAUAUUUGUUAAAGAAACUCGACUUUAAAAGUUUGUAA